GGGAAGUUAAAAAACACACGGAAGUGCUUUGUUGUUGUUCUACAGCCAGCUGUCAGGUGUACCUUUAGGCUGCAGAUGUCGUUUUAAAGCUGUUAUUGAAGCAGCCAGAGGUCGGAGCAGACAGCCACCGUGGGACCUGAGCUUUUUUCGACUUGAUCCUCAUCAUGGUGGAGCCUACAGCAUCUGGCGUGUUCUGCAACAGGAUGCUGAGCAUGGUCAACUCUGAGGAUGUUAACGCCAUCAUUCAGGCUCAGAGACACAUGCUUGACCGGUUUGAGAAGACUAAUGAAAUGCUGAUCAACUUCAACGGGCUGUCUAACGUUCGACUACAGCAGAUGAACGAGCGCUUCCUGCUCCACACCCGCAGCCUCGUGGAGAUGAAGAAAGAUCUGGACAGCAUCUUCAGAAGGAUCAGGACGCUAAAAGGGAAGAUUGCUAAACAGUACCCAGAAGCUUUCAGCAAUGUCCAUGAGUCACCCAUCCUGGAGGAGGACGACGAGGAGUUUGACCCAGUUCCCCCCAGUGUUGCCACCACAACUACAACAGCCACCUCGGAGCAGAGCACAGAGUCCUGUGACACAAGUCCUGAUGUGAUCUCACCUACUGUGAGCAGAUGCUCUGAAGAUCUCUCUCAGGAGCCGCCAGACACGCCCACCUCUGAUGUGUUACAGACAGCCGUCCUACGGGACGAGGGUCCUGAUUCUGUGCCUGCAGAAUAGAGCGAGCAGUUUGUGAAUGGAUUUUGAACCUUAAAACUGUUUUAGCAGGAGGGCAUGUUGUUUAUUUGAGUUUGUGUUGGCCUCUACAAUGUUUGCAGACUUUUCCAGUCAUUAAUGUUGGAAAGAACAUCACAGCUAUGAACUGUCCAUGAGGAUGCUGGGUUUUUGUUGGCAUGCUUAUUUGUCCUGUGCCUGCACAGCACUAAAAUACUGCAGAUAAUACUUGAAGUUGUAUAGUAUCUCACUAUAGAUGUACAGUGAACUCGAGCAAAUGCCCUCACGCAUUAUGUGAUUAUGAGCAUAUUUAAUUUUUUUUCACACUUGACUGAAGGAAGAAAUCGCCCAUGAUGUCUCUCAUUUAUGCUACUUGAAAGACAAAAGUUAGUGUUCUCAACCUGAAUAAUACUAGCGAGGGUUUGCGAGUAGUUACUACUGUUGUUGUCAUACUAUUACAAUAUUGUAAUAUUGUAGCAUUGUUAUUGUAUGGGUGUUUGUUAAUACAUUCGAGAAUGUUUUCAGCUGCAUUUAGUCUGAUGCUUUACUGAUCCCUGCCAAGAAAUUUUCUCUUUGUUUGCCUCCUCCAUUGCAGGGAAGGCUCACUGUUAGUGAUCAGUGUCCCUGGAGCUGUUAGGGUUUCUGCAAACUGUUCAAGGACACUUUAGCAGUGCAGAGGCCAUUUUGCUACAAGGGCUGGAAACCAGGUUCUGCGUGUGGAGGAUCCAAUCACACCUUACUGCGAAUUAAAGAUGCAGCUUUGGUGUAAAGAGGAAUUUCCAGCCUAAAGUUGAGUUAAUUUGUUAUUUCUAUUAUAUUUCUACAUCUCAUUUUCCCUUGUGGAAUUGAAGAAUGAUCCCCAGCAUAGGGAUGAAAUGUUGAAGCUGCUUCACAGACAUCGACUAAUUAUCGUAAUGA